UGUCAGUACUAACCAGCUCCCUCCUCUGGAGGCUGGUGGUUCUCCCCAGCCCCCGCCUCCUCGAAACCAAAACACAGCAAGCUGCGGAGCAGCAGCGAGCGGCGCGGCGGGGCAGGAGGAUUCGCGGUGGCACCCGGCCUUGGCAGGCUGAUGCAACUUUCCCUUUAAGAAAGCCACCUGGACGCUCCGCGGCCGCCGACUGGCACGCCUGGGCCGGGGGCUGCAGCAUGCUCUUGCGGACUGUGGUCUGAAAGGUGCUAAAAGCAGAACCUGUGAGUGUGGCCAGGGUUCCCAGAGCCCCCACCCACUGCCACCAUGGUUGGAAAAGGUGCCAAAGGGAUGCUGAAUGGUGCUGUGCCCAGCGAGGCCACCAAGAGGGACCAGAACCUCAAACGAGGCAACUGGGGCAACCAGAUCGAGUUUGUACUGACGAGCGUGGGCUAUGCCGUGGGCCUGGGCAAUGUCUGGCGCUUUCCAUACCUCUGCUAUCGCAACGGGGGAGGCGCUUUCAUGCUCCCCUAUUUCGUCAUGCUGAUAUUCUGCGGGAUCCCUCUCUUCUUCAUGGAGCUCUCGUUUGGCCAGUUUGCAAGCCAGGGCUGCCUCGGAGUCUGGAGGAUCAGCCCCAUGUUCAAAGGCGUGGGCUACGGCAUGAUGGUGGUGUCCACCUACAUCGGCAUCUACUACAACGUGGUCAUCUGCAUCGCUUUCUACUACUUCUUCUCCUCCAUGACGCACGUGCUGCCCUGGGCCUAUUGUAACAACCCCUGGAACACGCCUGACUGUGCCAGCGUGCUGGAUGCCACCAACCUCACCAACGGCUCCCGUCCCAUCACCCUGCCCAGUAACCUUUCCCGUCUGCUCAACCAGACCCUGCAGAGGACCAGCCCCAGUGAGGAGUACUGGAGGCUCUAUGUGCUGAAGCUGUCGGAUGACAUUGGGAACUUUGGAGAGAUCCGGCUGCCCCUCCUCGGCUGUCUUGGUGUCUCCUGGGUGGUGGUCUUCCUCUGCCUCAUCCGUGGGGUCAAGUCUUCAGGCAAAGUGGUGUACUUCACGGCCACCUUCCCCUACGUGGUCCUCACCAUCCUGUUUGUCCGCGGAGUGACCCUGGAAGGAGCCUUCACGGGCAUCAAGUACUACCUGACCCCCCAGUGGGACAAGAUCCUAGAAGCCAAGGUGUGGGGCGACGCCGCCUCCCAAAUCUUCUACUCGCUGGGCUGCGCGUGGGGCGGCCUCAUCACCAUGGCAUCCUACAAUAAGUUCCACAACAACUGCUACCGGGACAGCGUUAUCAUCAGCAUCACUAACUGUGCCACCAGCAUCUAUGCCGGCUUCGUCAUUUUUUCCAUCCUUGGCUUUAUGGCCAAGCACCUGGGUGUGGACGUGUCCCGCGUGGCUGACCACGGCCCCGGCCUGGCCUUUGUGGCUUACCCCGAGGCCCUGACUCUGCUGCCCAUCUCCCCGCUAUGGUCCCUGCUCUUCUUCUUCAUGCUCAUUCUGCUAGGACUGGGCACUCAGUUUUGCCUGUUGGAGACGCUGGUCACGGCCAUAGUGGACGAGGUGGGGAAUGAGUGGAUUCUGCAGAAGAAGACCUAUGUGACCCUGGGUGUGGCUGUGGCUGGCUUCCUGCUGGGCAUCCCCCUCACCAGCCAGGCAGGGAUCUACUGGCUGCUGCUGAUGGACAAUUACGCAGCCAGCUUCUCCCUGGUCAUCAUUUCUUGCAUCAUGUGCAUCUGCAUCAUGUACAUCUAUGGGCACCGCAACUACUUCCAGGACAUCCAGAUGAUGCUGGGCUUCCCACCGCCUCUCUUCUUCCAGAUCUGCUGGCGUUUUGUCUCUCCGGCCAUCAUCUUCUUCAUCCUCAUCUUCACGGUGAUCCAGUACCAGCCGAUCAAAUACAACCACUACCAGUAUCCAGGCUGGGCCGUGGCCGUUGGCUUUCUCAUGGCUCUGUCCUCGGUCAUCUGCAUCCCGCUCUAUGCCUUGUUCAAGCUCUGCCGCACGGAUGGGGAUAGCCUCGUCCAGCGUCUGAAAAAUGCCACAAAGCCAAGCAGAGACUGGGGCCCCGCCCUCCCGGAGCACCGGACUGGGCGCUAUGCCCCCACCAUCACCCCCUCUCCUGAAGAUGGGUUCGAGGUCCAGCCGCUGCACCCGGACAAGGCCCAGAUCCCCAUGGUGGGCAGUAACGGCUCCAGCCGCCUCCAGGACUCCCGGAUAUGAGCACAGAUGCCGGGGGAGGAGGAGGUAGCCCCACUCCUACCCCGUGUUCCCAACCACAGGGAUGGGGAAAGACUGUGGACAGGUGUCACCACCUGCCCCCUGCCACACCCUGGCCAGGACGGCUGCCAUCACCUUGGCCACCACUGAUAGUGUGGUCAUUCAUGCUCGUGUCCCCAGUGUUUACACGUCCUUUGGAUGCCAAGAUGGCAGCUUAGGGGAAGGGUGAGGGGAGGGUUACCAGGGGGUGGGGGGAAAGGGACCAAGCACUUUGGAGGGGGUCUUGGGCCAGGUCCCCAGAGGCCUGCCAGGCUUCAUGGAGCCUCUGAUGCCCCCUCACUCUGCUCUGAGCUGAGGUCUGGGAGAGGGGGAGGCCACUUGCCCCCUUUCCUUGGGUCUCCAGCCUUGUGACCAGUGUUCCUGCCCUCCAAGCCUCUGCCCAGGCUGCAGGGGAUAGGUGAGGGGCCGCGGGCCAUCCAGUGCCCCUUGGUGGUUGGCCCAGCUCCGUAUGUCUGUGUUGAUUAUUUUUGUAAACAUUGUCUGACCUGUGGUUGCAGGCCCCUGCCUUGAGCCACGUCUUCCAGGCCUGCUUGCACCUCACUCGGCUGCUCUGGGCCCUCGGCCAUGCACUCCAGGCCUGGCUGUCAGGCCCAGCCAGCAGAGGCCAAGGGGCCCCACAGCCUGCCCAAAGCACUUGUUCCAGGGGGCAUGGCUGGGAGCUGCUCAGCAGGAGGCUGGUGCCCAGGGACCCUGGGGAAGGGGACCCUGCACAGCCGCUUACCCUCCCCCCUCCCCCAGGCUGAAGGCCCCGUCCUCCCUGGCGUGCUGCCCUCAUUCAUGUGCCAAAUGGCCCCAGCCCACGUGCCCCCAGCCCUCUCUGGAGCCAGACUUCCUUCUCCUGAGCCCCACAGUGUCCGUCUGUCCGUCCUCCAGGCCCUCUGUGCAAUGACACCUGCCUCUAAUCCUCUGUAGCAAUAACGGUGCCCUGUCCCCACCCCACCCCCGCCGUCUGUGCACCACUAGGAGUUUCAAGUCCAUAGGUUUUAAUGAAAUUUCUAUUCCUGU